UAAAAUGAACGUAGAAAGUAUUUCAUCAUUUGCAGAAAACACAAGCUGUAAUAGUGUAUUGAACAAAAAAGAUGAACAUUUUAUCAUAUCGACUUGUCGAAGAAAUACUAAUAUGACGAUGACUCCAAAUAACAACGCUUUAAAGAAUCCAGACGAGUCUACCGAAGAUACUGAUGCUGAAGAGAAAUUGUUGGUGGUGUACUUUCGAUCCGGAAAGAUCGGAGCCGCUUACUACGUUCUUCAAACUGGAGAGCUCUUCAUCUUGGAAGAAAUUGUCGAUCGUCCCCCGGAGUUCCAAAUGUUCUGCAACUUAUUCAGACAAGUUGAACCCUUCAUGAUAUUGUUGGACGGCAAAAACCAAAGUUCCUUUGUGCAACUGGUCAAAACCAUCGUCUUCAAAAACGAUGCCAAUGAUUUGGGCAGAUGUAAGCUGGUGUUUUUGUCUGCGAAGGAAUAUAACUACGAAGCCUGCAAACGGCGUAUCCUCAACCUGUCCCUCCCGCGCGAGCCCCCACACUGCACGGAGGAGGAACGCACCCUCUUCCUCCGGACCGUCGUAGACUUUAGUCAAACACAGACGGUUCACUCACUCGGUGCCUUACUACGGUAUUUGGACCUACAUUGGAGCUCUUUGAAUGUGGGCUUACACAGCAAGCCGCAGUUUUUAAGUUUGCGUACAAUCUCUUUACGCGACAUAGUAACGAUCGACGACGACACGUACCGCGGCCUGCAGAUCUUCAGUACCAUCUCACAUCCCAGCAAUUUCAAGAGAGGCGUCCAGGGAAGCAACAGGGAAGGGCUUAGCUUGUUCCAUCUGUUUAGUAGGUGCUGCUCGAAGGUGGGACAAAGCAAAAUGAGGUCAGAUAUUUAUCCUAUUUAAGGUUAGGUUUAGGUUAGUGAUAAUGAAAUAUAGAACAUAACUUCAUAACUUGUUACGCUAUUACAAAAUCAACAGGUUAACCGGAUAUAUACAUCAUCAUUCUCCUGCCCUUCUCCCAGUCACCUGGGGUCGGUGCAAUAUGUUUUCUCCUUCCGAAGAUAUACAUAUAUAAAGUUCUACCGUUGUACCUGCAUCGCGCAAAGUCUUCUAGAUAAAUUCCCAUACGUUUAUUUUUUGUUUCUCCUCAUAGACGCUUGAUACUUAGUAAAAUAAAAAAUAAAGAACUAUUCAUUUCAUAUGCAUAAAGUAUAAAGUAAUUAUAGUAACAGAAGGCUAUUGGCCUUAA